AUUUCACAUUGACGAACUCAUGUCAAGUGAUAAACUAUUCCAUAUGAACGUGUUUGAUGACUGUUUCACCUUGCCAGAAACCUACUAGCAAACUACAUAGAAGGACAUAGUACAAUUUCCUAUGCAGGGGGCCAAAUCAAUGACUUAUUCAUAAGUUGAUACAAACCUUCAAUUUUAUGAGAAAUUCCAAGAACGAGCAAAUGCUAACAAAGAACCCAAAUUAAACAUUUUGGCCAAAGAGAUUUUUUAUUGCCUGGAAAACAAAAACUAUGAGCAGAACAGUUUUAAACUUAAAAUGUAUACCUAGACUUAUUGGGGUAUUGUCACGACCAACUCUCAAUGGAGGAUUAUCUCAAGUUUAUAAGUGGCGUGGUCACCGGGAUUUAGAUAGAAAAUGUGCCUAUUACAUGUUCUGUUCUCAUCAACCUUUCCACUCACUGUGCCUUGGUCAUCAGAGUUCAGCUUGGCAUGGACAGGAAGGAAACUCUGAUUUGUUAUUAUCACAAAAUAAUCACAUGUUAUCCUACUGCCAGAAAAGAGGAAAAGCUAAAGGAAAGGUGAAGGGCAAGAAAGACAAGAAAGAAAAGAGAAAUCAACCAGAAAAACAAGAUGUUGAUGAUGAUGAGGACUUUGCUUCCCUGCAGAAGUUUAAGGUCCAACUUCAAUGGCAAUGUGAUCACUUGAAGGAACAAUACAUCACACAACUGGGACUUCGUACUAAUACCAGUUCCUACGAAUUUCUAGAUGUAAAAAUAGAUAAAUCACAAACUCUUCCUUUAAACCAACUGGCCCAGGUCAUACAGAAAUCUCCACAAUUGGUACAGAUCAACAUGGACGCCUCCCCACAGUAUAUGAAAGAAGUAAAGGCUGCCCUGAUAGAAAGUGGAUUGAAUGUAAACCCACAACAGGAAGGAACCUCUCUGUUUAUAAACGUCCCAAAGGUGACAAGAGAACACAGAGAAAAUUUAGCAAAAAAUGCUGAAAAGCUAUAUAAAGAUGCCAAACAACUGAUGGUCCAAUAUCAAAAUAAACAAUUGAAAGUAGCAAAACGCAAUGAAGACAAAGAGAUGGAUGCAGAAGUAAGAAAACUGUACAAUGAACACUUAAAAAAGGCUGAAGAUAUGAUGACAAAGAAACAGAAGGACCUGUUGGGAUAAUAAUAAAGAUAUUUCAAUUAGAAUGUUAUAAUCCUGUAUUGAUCACUUCAGUGUAAUAAAGUAUUAUUGGUAGCUGA